ACGUUACUAAAGGUUCAUCAACAUCGUCAAAAAUGGGUAGAUUGCACUCCAAGGGUAAAGGUAUCUCUUCUUCUUCUCUUCCAUACUCCAGAAACGCUCCAGCUUGGUUCAAGCUCUCUUCUGAGUCCGUUGUUGAGCAAAUCAUCAAGUACGCCAGAAAGGGUUUGACUCCAUCCCAGAUCGGUGUCUUGUUGAGAGACUCUCACGGUGUUACCCAAACCAAGGUUGUCACUGGUAACAAGAUCUUGCGUAUCUUGAAGUCCAACGGUUUGGCCCCAGAGAUCCCAGAGGAUUUGUACUUCUUGAUCAAGAAGGCUGUCUCUGUCAGAAAGCACUUGGAGAGAAACAGAAAGGACAAGGACUCCAAGUUCAGAUUGAUUUUGAUCGAAUCUAGAAUCCACAGAUUGGCUAGAUACUACAGAACUGUCGGUGUUUUGCCACCAAACUGGAAGUACGAGUCUGCCACUGCUUCUGCUUUGGUUAACUAAGUUAUUUCCAUGUGUAAUAAAAUGGUUUAAUUUUACUAUCCCCCUUUUUUCUAAUGAUUAUCUCCUUGUUUGUAUAUUACUCUUUAAAAUGGUUAUGUUUCGGU